AUGCCUAACUGUAGUCAUCCUACUGCCCAUCCUCGUCGUUUACGGGGGGCGGUAUUAUUUUCAGUGCCCCAAGGAAAGUCACGUAUCACGGCUCAGAUGGCAACUUCGAUCAAUAAAUGUCUUCGUAAACGAUACAAAGGAAAGUUUUUGGCUCUCAAUGAAGACAGUUUAUUAUGCGAAACAUGUUUUACUAGAGAACAGCGUCGAACACCUGGUAAUAAGAAGAGUAUAGUAUCUUCACCUGACGACGAGUAUAAUCAAAACAUUUCGUCUGGUUUACUCUCCGAUACACCGAGUAACAAAAGAUUAUGUUUGCCAUCAAUAUCGCUAAUUGAUCUGAUCGAGACGCCUUCAUCGUCAGGACUUUCACACAGUACACCAGUGGUUACUGACAACCAGCCAAUGAUGGAUGUGAUGCACAAUAUUUCGUCAACAGAUAUGUCCUCACCAUCUGACAUUGAAACAGAGUGCAAUUUUAUUUCCAAGACGGCUAAGGAACAGUUAAACGGCUUAUUAGAUGUCUUUAGUUUAUCUCCUAUCAAAGAUGCACGGCAUACUGUCGUGGCGCAAGAAAAAUGUCAAAUACUUCUGAAAAAGACAAAAAUUUUGUCAGAUUCUCUAAUAAGCUCAUCAAGUAGUUCUACAACUGAUACCUCAAACGUUAAUAGUAUUGGCUACGAAGAUAUGGAACACUUGGUAGCUGGUUUACAAAAAUUAGUAUUGAUGAGCGAUCAUGCAGAACGAAUUCGAUUGUUAACGCUGUGUCCACCAACUUGGAGUAGGCGCGAUAUUUCUAAAUUUUUUUCAGUUCUUGAGUGGGAUGGCCGUAUGGCUAAGGAAUUAUAUGAAUCAAGUGGUGUUUUAGCAGCCUAUGAAAAUAACCAAGAUCGUGUUGAAAUAACUCCAUCCACAAUCGAAGCCGUCGUAGCUUAUUAUCAAGAUGACAUCAUCAGUCGAUCCUCAUCCAAUACAAAAGACACGAUCAAUGUUAAGCAAAGUGAUGGCAAGAAAAAACCCGCUUUUCCCAGUGUUAUACAAGAAUCAAUUAAAUCAAAUAGUUUGAUAGACAAUAUUGUUUGCUCUCGAAUAAAUAGCUCAUGCAUGUACGGCGAUUGUCUGUCGUGUAGAACUAAAAUUCCAUCAACUGAAAUACCAAAGUUAUAUCCUAAACUUGACUUGGAAGAAGAAGUGAAUUGGAUGAAAUGGGUCAAUCUUAAUGGUAAAACUGAUAUUCAUCGACUAGGUGGCUCAGUUAGUGAUCUGUUGAUGGAAAUGGAUCAUCAGUGGUCAAAAUUCAUUAUUCAUAGUUAUAUAACAAAUGCUCAAUUCGAUUACAUUCGGAAUUUAAAGCAGUCACUCCCACCAGAUACGGCUCUUAUCCACAUGGGUUUUUCUGAAAACUACAUAAACCAAGGUAAAGGUCCGGUGGAUGGCCUAGGGGCCGUUGUUAAGAGUGCUGCUCGCCGUGAAACUAUGCGAGCAGAUGCUCCACAAAAAUCUUUCCUCACACCAGUAGAGUUUUACAAGUUUUUAAAGCAGAAAUUCUGCAGUAAACCUAAAAACCCAACACCAAACACAUCGGACGUAAGCACGGUAGAUAUAAUAGAUACAGAGAAGAUCCAAAUAUGGUACCUAAGUGAAACUGAUAUCAAUCAACAUUUUGAUAAAUAUUUGUCUCAACGCUCUGAAACUCGUCCUCCUACCGGGUCAUAUCACCAUUUCCAACCAAUUGACAGUGCUACAAUCCGCUGCAAAAUUACUUCUGAUUCGCUAAUUCACGAAGAUUUUUCUAUGACGGCAUCACGUCAAUCAAAAUUGACAUAUGUGAAGCUUGUGAUGGUUAUCAAUGACAUUAAUAUGAAUGAUUAUGUUGCGGUUGAAUAUCGGGGAGAUUGGUGGCUAGCAAUGGUUCAAGCGCUAGAAACUAAUUUACAGGAACUGCGGGUGAGCUUCCUUCAUCCACCUGGUCCGCGAACAUCAUUUUAA